GGGGCUUGGCAGUGGGUGGCAUGGAGCUGGCCUGUGAGGGAAGGAAGUGGCAUCAAGAAUGUUCCUAGCAGGACUCUUUGGCUGGAAUGACCCAGAUGGGUCUGCAGUGAAGCUCGCUCCUAGGGGUAGCGCAGAGCUAGUUACAGAGACUCUAAUGAUAGAACUAGGAUCCCACUUAAAACGUGCAGAAAAACAGCAGCGAGAGCGUCUCAUUGAAUACAGACGAGUGAAGAAUGGAGUAGACUACACAUGGCUAGCAUCUUUUCCACGCCAAGGCUAUGAAAUCAGCCCAGAUGACCAGCUGGAGCUCAGAGACAUUUGCUCCAAAAUAAAGCCUUCCCAAUGUGGCCCUGUCAUACUCAGGUUUCGUAGGUUGAUGCUGGAGUUUGAGCCUGAAGGUGCUGAGAUCCCACGGGUCUUUCGGUCAGUGCUUCAGGAUUUUGUGACUCAGGAUGAGGAAGAACGAAAAACACAAGAUGGUCGCUGGGGGAAGCGCAGAAGAGCCAAAAGCUUGGCCACAUUCACUUUCAAGCCUUCUCGCCUACGAGUCAAUCCCUUUCAACUGGAGGAUACACAUGGCUCAGAUACUGAGAGUGAGCUAGUUGCUUCUGGGAGGGCAAGAAGCAAAAGUAUGCCAGAGUUUAGCAUUGCAAGGGAAGUGCAGUGACUGAACUUUACAUAUUGUGCACCAAAGAGUAUACCUGCACACAGU